AUGAUUGUGCAUCCUGCACGACUGACGACUAUAAUUCCCAGCAAAGCUGCUGUGUUGUUAGUUGAUGUACAAAAUAGUGAGAUCAACAUUGAACAUCAACAAAACAAACCAUGGUACUAUCAGCAAAUAACUGAAAUUUGCAUACCAAAUAUGGUUCGUAUUAUCAAAAUAGCACGUCCAUUGGGUAUGGAAAUUAUGUAUAGUACAAUUGAAAGUCUCACUCGGAAUGGUCGAGAUCGAAGUUUAGAUCAUAAGUUAUCAAAUAUUUUUAUUCCGAAAGGAUCACCUGAAGCUGAUGUUAUCAAUGCUGUGGCUCCUGCUGAAGAUGAUAUCUGGCUGAAGAAGACAAGUUCUGGUGUAUUCAAUUCUACAAAUAUCGACUAUGUAUUGAGAAAUCUUGGUAUGGAAUUUCUUGUGGUUAUGGGUUUCUUAACAGAUCAAUGUGUUGAUAUGGCUGUACGCGACGCUGCCGAUAAAGGUUAUCAAGUAAUUUGUAUUUCAGAUGCCUGCACAACUCAUACACAAGAGCGUCACGAAAAUGCAUUGCGUGCUUUUAGUGGUUACUGUCGUAUUAUGACCACAGAUGAAUUUAUUCAAGAGAUUCAAGGUAAUAAUAAUUCUAAGGACAACGAUUCCUCGAUAAAAUUAGCUAUUAAUGAUCAACAGAAGAAUUUAUCAGUACCCGUUCGUUCAUCUCUUCAACCAACCGUACUGACAAUGCUAGUCACAACGGAUCUGACUGGUAUUACACGUGGUCGGACAUUCCCAUCAGAAGCUAUCGAUGAUUAUUGGAACAGUGGAUGUGGUUGGGUACCAGCUGACAGUGCUCUGACACCACAGGAUGUUAUUGCUGAUUCAAACCCAUGGGGUUCACAUGGUGAUCUACGUUUAUUACCUGACCGCAAGAGCCGAGUUCGAAUCAGUAAUGGACCAAAUCCAACAGCACCGAUGUUCGAUAUUAUUCAUUGUGACAUUAUCGAAACUGAUGGUAAAGCUUGGUCUGUUUGUCCACGUGAGCUUCUUCGCCAAGAAAUUCAACGUUAUCAUAAUAUGCUCGGUAUGCGAGUUACAGCUGCCUUCGAACAUGAAUUCAUAUUGAAUGGACGACAAUGUAUGAGCGAUUUACCAGCAUUCUCUUUGCGAGCACACCGGCACGUGGCUGAUUUUGCUGGAUGGUUAGUCGCUGCUCUUCAAUCUGCAGGCGUCGAACCAGAAAUGUUUCUCCCCGAAUAUGGACGAAGUCAGUACGAAAUCACUUGUCGAUCUACUGAAGGUGUUGCCGCUGCAGAUCGUGCUGUUAAUGUGCGUGAGAUCACUCGAGAUAUUGCUCGACAAAUGAAUAUGCAUGCUAGUUUUUCACCGCAGCCAUAUGUCGAUGCCAUAGGCAAUGGUGUUCAUUUGCAUCUGAGUAUUCAAAAUCUUGACGGACAGCCAUUACUCUAUGAAAAAGGACGUCGUUAUGAUUUGUCGGAACUGGGCGAGCAUUGGGCAGCUGGCGUGCUAAAUCAUUUACCGGCACUCUGCGCACUUACUGCACCUACACCAGUUUCUUACAUGCGACUGAAACCGCAUCACUGGAGUUCAGCUUAUGUCUGUCUGGGUUAUCGCAAUCGUGAAGCCUCCUUGCGUAUCUGUCCUACUUUCGAAAGAAAAUCAAGAGAAGCAAUUUAUCAAAAACUUAUCUCACCAGAAGUCGCUAUAUUUAUUUAUUUACAAAAGGUAGUACAAUUUUUUUUUUGGGCUAAUUCAGUUUAA